UCCUCUGCUGCCCAGUCAAUAUAGGCGACUUCGGUGUUCUCGCUUCGCUGAACUGUCAGUGGGGAUACGUGCCACCCUUCUUAGGAAAAUUCAUCGAGACAUUCUCCCUGCUUCAGCUGUACAUUUUAACGGCUAGGAAGAACGACAUUCUGGAAAGAAAUGAGACCGUCUCAGGGUUGAACUUACACAAAACAACACAACGGUAGGAGGAGUCAACAGAAGUCAGUAAAGGUGUUUCUUUGAGAUGAUAUGCUGUUCCACUGACUGCCAGAAGAGAUUUGUGACAGAAAAAUCUGAGGAGAGGUCAAAGAGUUCAUCACUGUGUUGGACUGAAGCACUCUGACAGGUUUGACCCGAAAACAUUUUGUGACAUUUGGAGCAAAACUUCUCAUUUCUUGUCCUAACCGGUUCUCCAAAACCUGGUGGAUUUGAGUCAGCUUCUACCUUUUGUGAAGAUUCAGUUUGUUACUUCUGCAUAACAGGCCCUUCAGUUCACUGUGAGCCUUAACAGCCAUUCAGCUGCAAUUUCAGCCAUUUACUAGAAGAAAUACUUACAAACAGUGCUGGAAUUUACUGCCUCUCAUUCUUUUAUCGCAAGAGAUCUUUGGGAUUGCAUCCAGGGAGUUACAUAACACCAAAACAAAGACUCGUACACCUGUGUGUUAUGACUAUGGCGUCAUAACGACACAAACAUACCCAAGAUUGCCAAUUAUUAACCUUUUUUCUCACAGACACACACACAAUAGCAAGCACCCACACAGACAAUCACAUACAAAUCUCUUCUAGUUGGAUUACCAAAGAAGCUCACGAUGGGAAAAUAGACUUCCAGCACCACGGAUAGCCGGCACAGAGGUCUGGGACUCAGUAUUGUUUCUGAGUGUGCCAUGUCUGGUAACGGCAACCACUGUCUAAGCCCUGGAGGGUUGGGCAGCCCUCUUGGGGGCUUCCCCAUGCACCACUACCAUUACUUCUUCCCCCAUAUGUUAGGGGGGCUCUCCCCUCCAGCCCUUCCUGGACUUCCUGUCAGUGGAUACAGCACUCCUUCUCCUGCAACUCUUGAGACCCAGAGCACUAGCUCGGAGGAGAUUGUACCCAGCCCCCCCUCUCCACCGCCACCUCCACGGGUCUAUAAACCCUGUUUCGUUUGUCAGGACAAGUCAUCAGGCUACCACUAUGGAGUCAGUGCAUGUGAAGGCUGCAAGGGCUUUUUCCGAAGAAGUAUUCAGAAGAACAUGGUGUACACUUGCCACAGAGAGAAAAGCUGUAUCAUCAACAAAGUCACCCGAAACCGCUGCCAGUACUGCAGACUGCAGAAGUGUCUGGAAGUGGGCAUGUCUAAAGAAUCUGUUCGAAAUGACCGGAACAAGAGGAAGAAGGAUGAGAAGAAGCAGGAGUGUACAGAGAGUUACGUCUUAAGUCCCGAUACAGAGCAGAUGAUCGAACGGGUGAGGAAGGCUCACCAGGAAACCUUCCCCUCCCUCUGCCAGUUGGGCAAAUACACCACGAACAACAGUGCUGAUCACAGGGUCGCCCUGGACGUUAACCUGUGGGACAAGUUCAGUGAACUCUCCACCAAAUGCAUCAUUAAAACGGUGGAGUUCGCCAAACAGCUGCCUGGCUUCACCACGCUCACUAUCGCAGAUCAGAUCACCUUGUUAAAGGCGGCUUGCCUCGAUAUCCUGAUUCUACGAAUAUGCACACGCUACACACCUGAUCAGGACACCAUGACGUUUUCUGAUGGUCUGACACUGAACCGCACGCAGAUGCACAACGCUGGCUUUGGGCCACUUACAGAUCUCGUGUUCGCUUUCGCUAACCAGCUCCUGCCCCUGGAGAUGGAUGAUGCAGAGACAGGGCUCCUCAGCGCCAUCUGUCUGCUGUGUGGAGAUCGGCAGGAUCUGGAACAGUCCGAUAAAGUGGAUGUGCUUCAGGAGCCACUGCUGGAGGCACUGAAGAUCUACGUGAGAAAAAGGAGGCCUCAUAAACCACACAUGUUCCCCAAGAUGCUGAUGAAGAUCACAGACUUGAGAAGCAUUAGUGCUAAAGGAGCGGAACGAGUCAUAACACUGAAAAUGGAGAUUCCUGGCUCCAUGCCACCUCUUAUUCAGGAGAUGCUGGAGAACUCUGAGGGUCUGGAGGGUGGCAGUGGGGCGCGAGGUGGAGCCAAACCAGGAAGCUGUAGCCCCAGUUUGUCACCCAGCUCAGCGCACAGCAGCCCCUCCACUCACUCCCCUUGACUCUUAUCCUCAGACAGGGCUCCGUGCAGAAUUAAACUGGUUCGAAACCAGAAGCAAGCCACAGACAAAGCGCCAGAGACCCAAAUCCGGUAGACUUUGAUCUGGGUUGACCGGGCCCGAACUGAACUGUCAAUCUGGCCGGCUUUCAUUAGGUGAAGACCAAUUGAGUUCCACACAGGCCGAGCCUGAUCAAAACUCACUCCGUCAUUAAAUGCACCAGUGAUUCAGUGAUUUAAUGAGCCUCAGACUUGGCCUCAGUGUAAGAGGAGCAGACUGAAGAUGCUGCAAGACCCUAUUUGAGCAGAAGCAGGUCCUUACUGUGUCUUCUGGCUUUGCUCCCUUCACACGAACUGUGAAGGCCAAGUUAACUUUUAUCCCUGUCCGAGGGACACAUUCUCUUGGCCUGGGAUGUUUUUUUUUUUUUAUAAAUGUCAAUCCCUUAAGCAAGCUAAGGACAUAGGACAGCAAAUGUCCAAACGUCAGGGACAUUUUGAACUUUACAACCGUUUUGUUUCUGUUUCUUUGUUUUGUUUUUUUACAAAAGAUAUAUGAAUAUAUGAAAAUCUAUAUUGACAGAAGUAUGAGAUUUGACUUUCGUCUUAGGUGGAAUGCAGAACAAUUCUCAUCUUUUCAGAUGAGAAUUCAGUCACUUUUCUCAAGAGUCGAAUACAGUUAUGUCAUAAGUUUGUUGUGGUCUUUCUGGAAAUAUUUGUAUUGAGACAAAGACAGAUAGUCCUGUUCACUUCAUGCACAAGGGCAUCGUCACGCUAGCACUGAAAGCGAUGAGAUAAGACACUUUUUCAGUGGGGAGAUGAACGAAUGAUUUGGAGAUGUAUUAAAUGCCAUCAGAAUGGUAACUUGGCAGAAAAGGAGCUCAAGUAAACAAACUGCUUACAUUUGUGAUAUAAUGUGUAUGAGAUCGUUUAAAGGGAGCUCCGCCUUCCUGUACAUUUUUUAUAUUGUUUAACUUUUGUUGUAAUGUCAUCUGUCGAAAGACAUACGAAAACCCCCUUACACAGUAUUAGCUGAUUAUAAAAUAAAAGGAAACAUUUCCAAAAAUAUUAAAUCAUAAAGAAUAUGAAACCUGAUUUUAGCUGAAAAUGACACAAAUAAAACCUACUCGUCAUUUCAAAAGUAUUAAAAACUAUAUAAAUACUCAGUAUUUCAUACCGAAACACCAUGCAGUUUCAUGCUUUUUCCUUCACCAAAAAAAAUAUUUUAAGAUUUACACAUUUUAACUUCACAUCAAAAUUCCAUCAAAUUUAAUUAAAUAAUCUUUUAACAAAUGUAAAAAUAAAAAAAGUAAAAAAAAAAAUUAAGGGCCAUUGAAUUCUGUAAAUUCAAUUUGAUGGAAUUUUGUUAUGAAAUUUAAAAAAAGCUUAAAUCUAAAAACAAACAGGCAAAAUAUUUUGUGUUUUUAAUGGUAGAUUUGUGUUCAUUAUCAUCUCUACCACAUUUUAGCUGUUGCGUGCACCCUGAAAUACUUCCACCUUGCCACAUUUUUCUUAUCUGAACCUCACAACAUCACUGCCUCUGCUACCCUGCAACAAUCAUUGUACAGUUGUCGACGACAACAACACUGCCUCUGUGUGACAAUCACUUUAAGUCAAGCUCACAAACAAUUCUGCCUCUGUAACAAACACUGAUCCCUGCCAGACAUCUUGAUUGGAGCUAGUAGCUAGCAUUCAUUGACUGUUGAUAGACUUCCACAUUCACACUACGGUUCCCAUUCUCUGGAACUGUAAUAUGUCACAAAACAUCAAACAAGGACUAUAUUUGCCACGUGCAUCUUUCCUAACCACAAGCACUCACUCGUUGACUGAAAGGUUUGAGGUCUUUGUGUGAUAAUUAAAUCUCUAAAAUAUCACAGCUGCAAUUAUUUUAUGAUUUUGAAUGUAUUUAGCUCUAUCUGAAUUUUCAUUUUCAUUUCAGUUUGCAACAAUGUACCAACUUGAUUCAUUUUUGGCAAUCAAUUGAGUUUAAGUACUCAGGGGUUCCUCAGUGCUUAUGCAACAUUUAUUCUAAUAAAAAUAUAUAUAUAUAUAUAUAUAUAUAUAUAGCAAAUUUGAACCAGUGCAAUUAAUGCAAAUUUCUCCAUCAAAGUUAAAAUGAUUGUUCACUCCACAAAUGAAAAUUCAUCAUUUGUCAUUUAGUCGCCUUCAUAUUGAUCCAAACCUCUAUGACAUUCUUUCUACAGCCUCAGUGUCUAUUCUCUAAAGUCAUACAGGUUUGGAGCAACAUGAGGGAGAGUAAAUUUCCAUUUUUGGUUGAACUAUUCCUUAAAUAGUGUUCUUACAUUUGUUUGCUCAUUGUAGAGAAAAAAAAGAUUUGUGUCCAAUCCGAUUCUGGCAGAUCAGUGUCCGCAUAUCAUUAUAUUGUUGCAGUUUACAACCUCUCUGCCUCUGUAAUACGUCUGCUGAGUCAUUCGCCAUGAACCUUUGAGCAGUGUGAUGUGAUCUUUAACACAUUUUUCACAGAGCGGAGUGUGAACUCUUAUCUACAGUACGUUUCACAGCAUCUAUGCACAUGACAUUCACAGAGCUUGAUCCUAUUCACUUUUAUCUACCUGUUCUGAAGAUCACAUGCAUCUCCCUGUAUGUCAGCUCAUCAGUUUGGAUUAAAUGGGUAUUUAGGCUGGUUUCUGCAUUCGUCACUGCCCAAAGGUUCAUUGCUAUUGAGCCAUAAUGUGUCACACCCUCAAUGGGCCUAUUUUCUCACUUAAAGGAUGAAAAGCAUCGAGGUCUGCACAACGUUCAGCACAAACUCUGUACUGCUUUAACAGAUGUUAUACAGUCAAGCGCACAAAAAGAAAUUCAGUUGUGUCAGGUCCCUGGAUGAUAAGAGUAAUGUUUAAUAAAGACUUCUGUUUUG